CUUUUUAAAGGUUAUUUCUAUCAUAUAGGACUGAGGUGCUACUGACAGUUACUUGCCAAGGAAAAACAAUUGCCACAAGACAGCUCCAAUCAUAAAGUUCUUGCUUCCAACUACCCACGGGCUGCUUAAUCGUGUUCAUAACUUCAUGAUGUCUGAAUGUUUGUCUUAAUUUGGUUGUCUACUUGCUAGUGUCUUGUCAUUUUUCUAGACUUAGAACCCAUUUUGUAGAUAAACACAAAGUAAAGCCCCAAUUAAAAAAGAAAAACUAAGACCCCUUGUGAAUUCUGUAAGAGUGAAACCUAUUGUAUUCCUUUGUAUUUGUUCGUCAAAGGUUUAAACUAAUGCUUGGUUGAAAACAGUAGAUACAGCCGAUGGAUGAUCUAUAGGUUGUAUCUAGGGGAUGGCAUCAACACUAAACAACUCUUUCUGUCAAUAUCAAGAUGCCAAUCUAGUGGAGCUCCAUGUGUUAUCCUUCCCAACCCUGUUCACCUUCUUGAUCUUUAUGUUUAUGGUACUGAAAAUGAGGAAGAAAUCCAAAACAAACCACUCAACUAUAAAUCUACCGCCAGGGCCAUGGAAGCUGCCCAUCAUAGGAAACAUACACCAGUUUCUUGGCUCUCUACCCCAUCGUGCAUUAAGAGACUUGUCCAAGAAACAUGGACCUCUGAUGCACCUUCGAAUUGGAGAAGUUUCCACCAUUGUGAUUUCAUCUCCGGAGCUCGCCAAAGAGGUGAUGAAAACUCGUGAUAUAAUCUUUGCAUCAAGACCCAGUAUUCUAGCUACAAAGAUUCUGUCAUAUGGUUCUACAAACAUCGCCUUUGCACCAUAUGGCAAUUACUGGAGACAACUACGAAAGAUUUGCACGCUAGAGCUUCUAAGUUUAAAACGUGUUGAAUCUUACCGACCAAUUAGAGAAGAAGAGGUAUCGAGUCUCAUCAAAUGGAUUGCUUCGAAAGCAGGAUCUCCCAUCAAUCUCACCGAGGAAGUCUCCUCAACAAUAAGCGGCAUCAUUUCAAGAGCGGCCUUUGGUAAGAAAUGUAAAGAACAAGAAACAUUCAUAUCUGUUGCAAAGGAAGCAUUUGAGCUGGGUGGAGGUUUCAAUAUUGCAGAUGUGUUCCCUUCUUUUCAACUGCUUCAUCUGAUCAGUGGGGUGAGGACUAAACUUGAGAGGUUGCAUCGAGAAGCUGACAGAAUAAUGGAAAACAUCAUUAAUGAACACAAGGCAAAGGCAAGAACGAAAGCAGCAGAGGAUGCAACAGCAGAAGAUUUGGUAGAUGUUCUGUUAAAAUUUCAGGAGCAUGGUGAUAGUGAGUUUUCCUUGACUACCGACAACAUCAAAGCUGUUAUCUUGGACAUUUUCAGCGCUGGGAGUGAGACAUCAGCCACAACCCUUAACUGGGCAAUGUCGGAAAUGAUAAAACAUCCAAGGGUGAUGAAGGCGGCACAAGACGAGGUAAGAGAAGUCUUUGAUAGGAAAUGGGUGGUUGAUGAAACAGUCAUUACCGAGAUGAAAUAUUUAAAGGCAGUUGUUAAGGAGACCCUGAGAUUGCACCCUCCGGGACCCCUGUUACUUCCUAGAGAAUGUAGGGAAAGUUGUGUAAUUAAUGGGUACGAAAUUCCUGUCAAAACUAAAGUCCUCGUUAAUGUAUGGGCGAUAGGAAGAGAUCCCAAAUAUUGGAGUGAGCCUGAGAGGUUUGAUCCAGAGAGGUUCCUGGUUAGCUCUAUCGACUAUAAAGGGACCAAUUGGGACUAUCUCCCAUUUGGAGCCGGGAGGAGGAUUUGUCCAGGCAUUGCAUUUGGGUUGAUUAAUGUUGAGCUCCCACUUGCACUGUUUUUGUACCAUUUUGAUUGGAAACUUCCCAAUGGAAAGAGACAUGAGGACCUGGACAUGACUGAGUUCUUCGGCGUUGCAGUUAGAAGAAAACAUGAUCUGAACUUGAUUCCAAUCCUCUGCCGGUUGAAUAAGCUAAGUCAGCCUCAAAGUUCAAACCUUUAAUUACUGCUUCAGAAAGGAUGAUGCUCAAGUAUUAAUCCAGACUUUGUGCUUAAAUUUGGUUGAGAACUGAGAAGGAUCUAAUGCCAUUUAACAUCUGGUUUAUUACUCAUCUAACAUGUGUACUACAACAUCUGCAUAAUGAAAUGACGAUAAAACAGUUCAAUCCAAUGCC